GAGGCACGCCGUCAGGCUGAGGAGGAGGCACGCCGUCAGGCUGAGGAAGAGGCAAGGCUCCUGGCUGAGGAGGAGGCACGCCGUCACGCUGAGGAGGAGGCACGCCGUCAGGCUCAGGAAGAGGCACGCCGUCAGGCUGAGGAAGAGGCACGCCGUCACGCUGAGGAAGAGGCAAGGCUCCUGGCUGAGGAGGAGGCACGCCGUCAGGCUGAGGAGGAGGCACGCCGUCAGGCUCAGGAAGAGGCAAGCCGUCAGGCUGAGGAGGAGGCAAGGCUCCUGGCUGAGGAAGAGGCACGCCGUCAGGCUGAGGAGGAGGCACGCCGUCAGGCUCAGGAAGAGGCA